AUGCUUUUGAUGUUUGGAACGUUAUGGUUGGGUCUAUUCCUUUACAACUUCAGGAAGACCCCAUAUUUAACACGAUCACGUCGAGAAUGGUUAGCUGACUAUGCUUUGCCAGCUUCUGUUCUGAUCAUGUCGUUCACUGGAUCCUACUGCUUUGCUGAUAUCGAAAAGGAUCGUUUCCAUUUUUACAAAGAUGUGCCAAUUGUACAUCUAGCCGAUAUAUUGUCAUUGCCACCAUCCGGAUAUUUUGUGUGCCUUCUGUUAGGAUUCUCUUUGUCAUUUUUAUUCUUUAUGGAUCAAAAUAUUACAUCUGCUAUCGUGAAUAACCCGCAGAACAAGUAAGU